AUGGGUAGGUCAUGGGGAGGUCAGAGAGUUCAGGGGGGUCAGAGGGGGAUCAGAAGCGUCAAGGGAGGUCAGUGGGUCAGGGAGAAGUCACAGGAGUCAGGGGGAGGUCAGGGGGGAGGUCAGAGGGGUCAGUGGGGAGGUCAGGGGGUACAGGGGGAGUUCAGUGUGGGUCAGGAGGAGGUCAGAGGGGUCAGGGGGAAGUCAGGGGGGUCAGGGGGAGACCAGGGGUCAGGGGGAGGUCAGAGGGGUCAGGGGGAAGUCAGGGGGGUCAGGGGGAGACCAGGGGGGAGGUCAGAGGGGUCAGUGGGGAGGUCAGGGGGUACAGGGGGAGUUCAGUGUGGGUCAGGAGGAGGUCAGAGGGGUCAGGGGGAAGUCAGGGGGGUCAGGGGGAGACCAGGGGUCAGGGGGAGGUCAGAGGGGUCAGGGGGAAGUCAGGGGGGUCAGGGGGAGACCAGGGGGUCAGGGGGAGGUCAGGGUGGGUGA